GCAGGAGGUGGCCCCACGAUGAGUUACUGGAGUCUGGAUAAGAAGAGCUGUCUGCAGUACUGCCGGCACUUCCUAGCGGACAACGGCGUGUUCCACGUUGAAAGAUGCAUGAGUGUCAUGCAGUCUGGGACUCAGAUGGUUAAGCUGAAGAGUGGAACCAAAGGGCUGGUCCGGCUCUUCUACCUGGACGAGCACAGGACCUGCAUCCGAUGGAGACCCUCCAGGAAAAGCGAGAAGGCAAAAAUUGUCAUCGACUCCAUUUACAAAGUCACCGAGGGCCGGCAGUCGGAAAUCUUCCACCGCCAUGCCGAGGGCAGCUUUGACCCCAGCUGCUGCUUCACCAUUUACCAUGGCAACCACCUGGAGUCCCUGGACCUGAUCACCUCCAACCCCGAGGAGGCUCGCACCUGGAUCACGGGGCUCAAGUAUUUGAUGGCCGGGAUAAGCGACGAGGACUCGCUCGCCAAGCGCCAGAGGACACACGACCACUGGGUCAAGCAGACCUUUGAGGAGGCCGACAAGAACGGGGAUGGGCUGCUGAACAUCGAGGAGAUCCACCAGCUGAUGCACAAGCUCAACGUCAACCUGCCCCGCAGGAAGGUCCGGCAGAUGUUCCAGGAAGCAGACACGGAUGAGAACCAAGGAACCCUAAACUUUGAAGAAUUUUCAGUGUUUUACAAGAUGAUGUCCUUACGUCGGGAUCUCUACUUGCUGCUCCUAAGCUACAGUGACAAGAAGGAUCAUCUCACUGCUGAGGAACUGGCUCAGUUUCUGAAGGUGGAACAAAAGAUGAAUAAUGUGACACCAGAAUAUUGUCUGGACAUCAUACAGAAGUUCGAAGUGUCAGAAGAAAACAAGAAGCAAAACGUUCUUGGGAUUGAAGUGGAUUGCUGGGAUGGUCCUGAUGGGGAGCCAGUGGUGCACCAUGGCUACACUCUGACUUCCAAAAUCCUGUUCCGGGACGUGGCCGAAACCAUCAACAGAUACGCCUUUGUCAAGAAUGAGUUUCCAGUGAUCCUGUCCAUUGAAAACCACUGCAGUAUUCAACAGCAAAAGAAGAUUGCUCAGUACUUGAAGGAGAUAUUUGGUGACAGGCUGGACUUGUCAUCUGUGAGCACUGGAGACCCCAGACAGCUUCCCAGCCCUCAGAGUCUGAGAGGGAAAAUCCUGGUGAAGGGGAAGAAGUUGCCCUGCAGCCUGGGAGCAGACGCUGAGGAAGGAGAGGUUUCAGAAGAGGACAGUGCUGAUGAAAUCGAGGAUGACUGCAAGUUAAAGGCCUGCUAUAGUAAUGGUGCAACUGAGCACCAGGUGGAAUCUUUCAUAAGGACAAAACUGGAAUCUCUGUUAAAAGAAUCCCAAAUCAGGGACAAGGAAGAUCCUGACAGCUUCACUGUGAGGGCCCUGCUGAAGGCGACGCACCAGAGUCUCAACGUUAACCUGAAGCAGAACCUGGACACAAAAGAGGGUGGAAAAAAGUCUCACGGUCGAUCAUUAAUGGGCAACUUCGGUAAACACAAGAAAGCUGCCAAGGCAGCAGCCAAACACCCCAGUGCAUCAGAUGAGGACGAGAGCCAGCAGAACCCUCCUGGGAGGGAACCAGGGCAUCCCCACAGACUGGCCCGCCGGAGGAAGACGGUGAAGCUGUGCCGGGCUCUGUCUGACCUCGUGGUUUACACCAACUCUGUGGCUGCCCAGGACAUCGUGGAUGAUGGGUCCACAGGGAAUGUGCUGUCGUUCAGUGAGACCAGAGCCCACCAGGCCGUGCAGCAGAAGGCUGAGCAGUUCAUGCUUUACAACCAGAAGCAGCUGAGCAGGGUCUAUCCCUCAGCCUACAGGAUCGACUCCAGCAACUUCAACCCCGUCCCUUACUGGAACGUUGGGUGCCAGCUGGUGGCCCUGAACUACCAGUCUGAGGGACGUGUGAUGCAGUUAAAUGAAGCAAAAUUCAGGGUAAAUGGCAACUGUGGUUAUGUCCUCAAACCUCAGCAGAUGUGCAAAGGCACAUUCAACCCCUACUCUGCUGAUCCACUUCCUGCCAGUCCUAAAAAGCAGCUUAUUCUGAAAAUCAUCAGUGGACAGCAGCUCCCCAAGCCUCCUGACUCGAUGUUAGGGGACCGAGGAGAGAUAAUAGAUCCCUUUGUUGAGGUGGAAAUCAUUGGGUUACCUGUUGACUGCUGUAAAGAUCAGACCAGGGUGGUGGACGACAAUGGGUUCAAUCCUGUGUGGGAGGAAACUCUCACCUUUACCAUCCACAUGCCCGAAAUAGCCUUGGUGCGAUUCCUCGUCUGGGACCACGAUCCCAUCGGGAGGGACUUCGUGGGGCAGAGAACUGUGGCCUUCAGCAGCCUUGUGCCUGGCUAUCGCCACGUGUAUUUAGAAGGACUGACAGAAGCAUCCAUAUUUGUUCAUAUAAUCAUUAAUGAGACCUAUGGAAAGUGGAGCCCUUUAAUCCUCAACCCCAGUUACACAAUAUUGCACUUUCUAGGAGCCACCAAGAGCAAGCAGCUGAUAGGGCUGCGGGGGCUGUUCAACAAGAACCCCAAGCAGGGCUGUGCCGAGGCCGGCGGGAACUACGUGCGCAAGAGAUCCCUGGGCGAGCGGCUGCUGAGGCGCACGGCCAGCGCGCCCGCCAAGGGCAGGAAGAAGAGCAAGAUGGGCUUCCUGGAGGCUGCUGAGAUGAGGGACAGUGCAUCUGAACCCACAGACCUGAAGGACAAGGAAGGGGUCGUUCGGCGCCCGAAACGGAGUCUGCAGGCGCGUCCUGCUUCCAUGCCCGUGGACAAGUACCUGCUGGUGGGACUGCCCUGCCCGCCUGAGGAUGCUGCCCAGGAUGCCACGGGGAAGGAAAACACCUCUGCCAACAGUGAUGACAAUACAAAUGAGAAGGAAACAAACUUGAAAGAAUCUGUUUUUCCAUGUUCGGAGCAAACGGCAAAUACUUCAAAUUUGGGAUCUCAAUGCAAGAAGGAGAAUGACCAGAAGGAUUCUACAGCUGACUCUUUGCUACCACCUCCUCAGGAGCAACCUGAACACUUAGUUUUUGCAAGUGGUGCAACUGAAACAAAUCACCUCUUGGACUGUCAGGAAAAUAAUCUUUCUGGUGAAACUGUCCCACCAAUGCAGGACUCUGAGCUUUGCACAGGAAAACCACAAGACAAAAACUGUGUGGACAAUAAAGAGGAAGAUGACACAAAGGGAUCUGAUGAGGGGAAAGUCACUCUGGUGGGGGCUUCUUUUUCUCAAAAAGCAGAUAUGGAGAAUCACAAAUCUGACCUCAAGAAAAGCACUGCAGCACCUCUUUCUUUGACUGACAUUCCUUCUCCCCCUGGCUCUGACAGCCCUGACUUGCACUCCACGCUGGCCCUGCAGGACAGUGACAUUUCUCGCCUCAUAGAUGAGGUUUCUCUGGCUACUGAGAGCGAGCUGGACAGCACUGUGUCUGCUCUCAUCGGGCAGGUGGAUGUCACAGGGGACCAAACACACCUCACCGCCGUCUCAAGCCACGGCAGCAGCAGCCAGACCUUUGGUGUGGUGGCUGCACACCCACAGGGCUUUACUGUGGGUCUAAGCAGCCCCUGUAAGCACAACUUCCCUCCCACAAAAUCCACCAAAUCCCCUUUAUUCUCCACUCCAAAUACCACCACGUUCUCCAGCCCAGAGACCGCAGAGUAUUCCAUGUACACAACUAUCCAGGGGGCAACUCCAGCUUCUGAAUGUAAGACCCACAGGCAAUUAGUUUCCAUGAAAAAAUUAAAUAGUCUAGAAAGUAACUUGUCUGGCUCUCCAUGUUCUUCACCUCUUUCUUUGCUAAAUGCAAAUCCCGAAAGAAAUUGUGGAACAAAAUCUGGACUGAGCUGGGAAGGCCCUGGGUCUGCCAGUUCUUUUGCUUCCAAUAACCUCAUCUUUGAGGAGGCCCUGUUUGACCCUGUCCCUGGUCAGAACUCAGACAGCAGCAGCCUCGUGGAAGUCGAUGGGGACUCCCAGGAUCUCCUGGUAACUGCCUGCGAGUACAAAAGGGAGGACAUGAGCCAGCUGGCUUCUCCUUUGAGACUGAGGCAGAAGCAGGACACUGGGCACGGUGGUGAGAGGACCUCUGGGAGCAGCACGACUGUUGGGCUCUGUGCUGCUGCCCACGCCUGCUCGGGCACCCUCAGGACUGCAGGGAGCCAGCUCCCUUUUCCCACGUGUGCAAAUUCCGGGGGUUCGUGUGCCCAUCGCUCCCAUGAGCAGCCCAGUGUAACGUGUGAGGGGUCCCAGCUCAGGGCAGCCCCCUCGCUGCUCCCGAGCGCUCUGCCUUUCCCCCCUCACCCGGCCAUCCAGCAGAGCAGCCCCUGCAAGUCCAAGAGUCUGGGAGACCUGACAUCGGAGGACAUCUCCUGCAACUUCGAGAGUAAGUACCAGUACAUCAGCAGGAGCUUCGUCUCCUCGGGCAUGCGGGACAAGAAGCUGGCUGCCAUGAGGGGCCUGCGGCCGCGCUCGGCCGACGCCCUGACGGAGCAGCUGCGCAAGCUGCUGUGCCCGGAGCAGGAGGAGCCCCGGCACUGCCCCGGGCAGCCGGAGCACGACUGCCCCCGGGCCCUGGUCAGGAAACUGUCCUCGCGGAGCCAGAGCCGCGUGCGGAACAUCGCCAGCCGUGCCCGGGAGAGGCAGGAGGCCGGCAGGCACAAACCCCCCGGCACGGGCGCCGUGGCCGGGGUGGUGCUGAGGAACAGGCCCUCGGCGUCCCCACACGUGGCCAACAGGCACUCCACGGGCUCCUACAUCGCCAGGUACCUCGGCAGCUUCCCCGGGGAACCCGUGGAGGGCCGGGGCGUCCCCGAGGGCUCGUGCUCGGCCCUGCACCUCGGCUGCACAGACCGGUUCUACCAGCACGACUCCGUGGAGCCCAGCCCCGAGGACCAGCCCGAGAUCUACUUCCUGCUCAGGCUGUAGGUUGGAGCCAUGUACAUCCUCGGAGUUUACAAACUGCUUCACUGAAAUGAAGGAUUUGUAGCGAGAAACUCUGUUUGGAGGGUUUAAAUUAUUUAGAGAUGCAAUUUCACACUGGUGAUUGGGCCACGAUUUAACGUGCCCUUUCCUGUCGGAGCUGAUGUAAAUAGAACCACGUUCCAUCCUGAGGGAUGCGCUGCUUUGAUCCCUGAGCGAUGAGGUCUGGGGGCUGUGCAUGCAGGGAGUGUUUGUAGCAUUCUGUGUCUGUGAUGCUGACACCUGACACUGCAGCGAGUGCAAUGGCAUUGUGUCCCUCCUGUCCUGUCCUCCUGGCUGGAAAACACUUCUGGUGAUCCCUUUUGGCCUUUUGUGCAGAUCCUACGGAGCGCUGUGGUGUCAGGAACGGGGCAUGGCCUUGGGCUGGGUACAGGGCUGGGGCUCGGCCCUUCAUCAGCAUCCCUUGUUCCUGCCUGCUGUUGUUGACUGUACAUGUUUUCAUGUAUGGACUGUGAUUGCACAGCAAAUGAUUUGUAGAGCUAGGGUUUGUCCAAAUCUGUGAG